AACAAACAAAACCCUAACUUUCUCUCCCGCGGAAUCUGCCUUUCAUCUUUUUAGUUUGUGCUAUCUGGCGUGAGUUUUUAGGUUUACAAUGUUGUGUAAUCGAGCCCUUAGGUUUUAGAUUUUGGAUUUUAAAGGAAUUUUUUCUGUGUAUAUCUAGGUACACAUUCUAUUUAUUGUUGUUCAUAAGAGAAAAAGGCUAUGUCGGCAUAUGAUAAAGAACUAGAGUUACGAUUGACGGAGGCUGGGAACAGGCUCGUUGAACCUCCUUCAUCAGUUGACGAGCUCAUUCCUCUCCUCGACUGCUUGUUAAUGGAUGCCUUUUAUGUCGAUGACGAUUGCUUACUCUUCUCUGUCAUCUAUAAUUCUAGCAAGUUGAAAGUUGUCUUUCAAGGGUGGAACAAUCACCAAAUGAAGCAAUGCAGAAUGCUCUCUCUCCAUCACUCAAGGCCUUGGUGGCAGACCAACUAUUGAGACAUCCUGAUAAUGAUGUCAAAGUUGCUGUUGCUGCUUGCCUCAGUGAGAUAACAAGGAUAACUGCACCAGAUGGUCCCUAUGAUGAAGACCAAAUGAGGGAGGUCUUUCAAUUGAUUGUAUCAUCAUUUGAAAAUUUGUCUGACAACUCCAGCUGCUCAUUCAUUAAGAGGACUUCAAUUCUUGAAACUGUUGCCAAAGUCAGAUCGUGUGUGGUGAUGUUGGAUCUUGAAUGCGAUGCAUUAAUCAUUGAGAUGUUCCAACAUUUCCUUAAGUCAAUAAGAGAUCAUCACCCAGAGACUGUCUUUACAUCUAUGGCAACUAUUAUGACCCUUGUAUUGGAAGAAAGCGAAGACAUCUCUGUAGAGUUGCUCUCCCCAAUUUUAGCUUGUGUAAAGAGGGAUAAUCAGGAAGUUCUUCCUGUUGCUCUGAGGAUGGUAGAGAAGGUGCUUGGGAACUGUGCAUUAAAGUUGAAACCUUACCUAAUGCAAGCUGUAGAGAGCUUGGGCAUUUCUUUUGAUGAAUAUAGUAGUGUAAUUGCUUCUAUAUGCCAAGCGGCACCUAGUGCUGUGGAUCAGAAGGAUACUGUUGCUGAAAAACUUGGGGAUGAUGAGAACAAACCAGUAGAGUCACCUUUGGAUAAGACAACCCAGGAGGAUCAAGAAAUUCCUGAAGAAGCAGUUUCUACCGAACAAGUUGGUCUUGCAAAUGAAAGAUCUCCCAAGUCAGUUGUUAGCAAUGGCACAGUGCAAACUGCUGAAGACAACUUAUUGACUGAUUCGAACUCCAUAAAGAAGCAAGAGGAUGACCAUCUUUCUGACAAGUCCAAUAAUGAUAAAACAUCAACAGUUGCUGGAACUGAUAGACUGGUAGCUGAGAACUUGGUCAAUUCAGAUUCUAGGUCAGAGGAAAGUACCCUGGAAACGGAGAAGACAUCUGAUUCAAAAUUAACAGAACCUUCUGAUAAUGUUCAUGUCGAUGAGAAGGAACCUGAGACUUCACUGGACCCUAUAAAAGACAGCAAGGAUGACGCUGGUUCAUUGCGUGGCGAUUUGUCUGUUGAAGGGGCUGUAUUCUCUGAAAAUGAACAAAAGACAGAUGCACAGCCUUCCUCACCAAAACCAACUGAGGACUCUACUGAUGUUGCUUCCCCAACACCAAGUGGGGCUAUACCUGAUGAGAGUCAUUCCGAAAAGGCUGCACUGCCAAGGACUAUACCUGAUGAUAGUCAUUCCGAAAAGGUUGCGCAGCCGAUGACUAUACCUGAUGAUAGUCAUUUUGAAAAGGCUGCACAACCAAUGACUAUACCUGAUGUGAGUCAUUCUGAAAAGGCUGCACAACCAGAAAGAAAGGAGGGCUUGAGUGAGGAGACCAUGCCUUCUUUCCAAGAUGUCCAUAAGAAGGUAACUGAAGGGAUGAGUGAUUCAGAAGUAAAAACAAAUAGACUAUCAGGCAAAAAGGUUGCCACUGUGGUGUCCAACAAGGUUAAUGAUGCUGAUGAUGUGGAUGAAACUAAGAAAGAAUGUGGCAGUGCAAGCGGUUCAGAGGCAAAAUCAAGGACACAAUCCUCAAAGAAGGUAGAUUCUAGUAGUAAUAAUUUAGAUCGACCCUCAAGGCAGCUGGAGGAUAAGAAAAGGAGAGCUCGGGGGAAAGUUAUUCCUGAGAAAGAUGGAACAAAAACCGCAACCAUGCAUUAUGACGAGGAAGUGGUCGCUUCUCCAAAGUCAGUGAAGCCAAACAAGCACGAUUCUCACAUGGAGGAAAAUCUUAAAACAUGUUCCAAGAGAAAGCAUACCCCAAACAAAGAAAAAGCAUCUGAUUCUAUGGAAUAUGGUGAGAAUCUGGUUGGUCUGAAGGUGAAGGUCUGGUGGCCCAAAGACCGUGCAUUCUAUGAAGGUUUUAUUCAUUCGUUUGAUGCGGUUAAAAAGAAACAUAAGGUGCAUUAUGAUGAUGGUGAUAUGGAAAUUUUAAAUCUCAAGAGAGAAAAGUGGAAGAUAAUUGAAGACGAGUCUGAACCAGAUGAGGAAGAAGCAGCUAACAAUUCAAGUCCUGACGGAUCAUCUGAAACACCUCAAAAGAAGAAAGCAAAAACAGUUAAUCAGCCAAACAAGAAAACUAAGAUGGAUGCUUUGCCAAAAAGGGGUGGAGGAACGUCGGUUGGAAAAUCCAAGAGCGCUGUCACGAAGUUUGGUCGCAAGACAAAGGAAGACGGUAAAGUGGAUGGCAAAUCCAAAGAUGUCCCCAAGAGUGUUAGUAAAUCAGACGGUGACAAUGUUACCAAAUCCAAGGAUCAUAAGUCCAGAAGUGGCAGUAAAUCAGUCGAUGCCACUUGGAAAGUAGGCGACAAAACCAAGAAUGAGGACAUUGGUGACACGCCCAAGUCUACCAAAUCCAAGUAUGAUGGAAGAGUUAAUCCAAAAGCCUCCACAAAGUCGAAGCUGGACACUCCAAAGGCAUCCAAGUCCAAGAGUUCCUCCAAUUCUAAGGGUAAGCCUCUUAAAAGCAGUGGGAAAUCUAAUACUAAUGGUACCAAUAAGUCAAAAUCCGGUUCAUCCAAGGUUGAAGAAAGUGAGAGCAUGAAAGAGAACUCCACGGAUUCAGCAAAGGUUGUGGAAAGUAGGAAGCGGAAAUCACCGAGUUGGAACAAGGCACAAGCAAGUGAUGCAGUUUCUGGAAGAAAGCAGCGACAAUGAGAUGAAAACCACCUCAGGCUCAGCUCCAAUGUCAGUGCAGAGGGUUGGUUAUUGUCCAAUGUGGAGUAGAAUGGUUGAAUGCAAGUAUUUUAUUGCAGGCUGUUAGAUAUCCACAGCUGGCCAUGCAUUUGGUAAAUGACCAAGUUGUUAGGGUAGCUAAUACCAACAGUUAAAUGCAUUUGGUUUCUUAUGGGUAGAAUUAAUUCCUGUUAUUUAAGGUGGCAGGCAGUAUUGGGAUAAAAAUUGGGUUAGCGUUUAGUUACAGAAUUGGUUCAAUAGAUAACGUAAUUGUGUUUCAA